AAAGAAUCUCUUAGUCGCGAGUUUCAUAAUGCACUUGUAGAAACUUACAACGUAAACUGGAGGGCGAGUGACUAUAUUUCUCCGAAAUGUUUCUUUUAUCUUGUGGAGAGGCUCUUGAUUUUGGUACCCCACUCUCGAGGUUUUUUUUUCACUACGAAGUCGUCGUUCGUGGAGUAUUUAAUGUGCCUUAAACCGGAUGCUAACCCGAGUUCCGGUUUCGUCACGGACAAGAAAUCGUAUGCUGCAGAUACGUUUAACUUUGUGGCGAGUGUGGUCAGAAAAUGCCUUUAUAACAGUCAGUCUACAUUAGAAUGGAUUGGUCGUUCUACUAUCGACGUCAACUACUAUUUUCCAGUGCUUAUGCUGAGGAUGUUCAUGAUUCUGUGUUUAUCGUGUCUGAAUUCGGAGUUGUCGUUCAACGUACUUUUUGAGGUGAUUCAAGUACCUCAUAUCAAAUGCCAGCUGCCGUGGAAUUUUUGCGAAGCAAUUCGGUGUAGAAGGAUGAACAAUGUGUCGGACGAAUCUGCAGUUGCUGGAGCAUUCAAUAUUAUCGGGGAUCCACUUGUUAUUGUUGCCUUGAACGAGAAUAGGCUCAAGUUUGUAUGCCCGAAUGCCGUUUUUCUUGAUUUGAAGUCCUUCUCGUGUAGAAAUGAGGUCAUCGAGAAACUAUUUCCUAGGAGGAGUACUGAAGCAUCUUUAUACAAAGAUAAAAAAGCUACCGUCGAAAGAAAUGUUGUUAGUGAACAAGUUACCGUUACGAAAUCUUCAAAACCGACAUUGGAAACCGAUUCACAUUUGGAAAACUCGGGGAUUGGAAAAGGGGAUCUUCGAAUAGAGUUAAAUUGGGUUACUAUUUGGGAAUUGUUUGACGCAUUUGAGUCGUUAAAGAAUAAAAACGAUGGAGAUUCCAAGAGCCUUGUCCUGAGAAAGAAGGAGGAAGUGGAGGAGCAUGUAAAGUUUGUAACUGCUUUUUACUCCGGAGAAGAUGAAAAUGCGCUGCACGAAACCACGACAAUGAUUGCGGGAUUGACCGAGCUUUGUUCUUUGUUAGAUACGAGUGACUUCGAUACUAAGGAGAUGCUGGAGAUGGGAGAAAUUAUGAUUGAAGAAAUUACGAAGGGAUUGAAAGAGACAAGGCCUCGAUUAAUGUCGAGUUCGAAUAACGAUCCACCAAAUGUAAGUACUAUUGAACCUCAAGUAGUGGCGGAUGGUGACAAGAUGAUUCCUUCGAGUUCCGUUGUUGCUGAUGAUGACGAGGAUGAAGACGCCAAAAAUUAUAGCAAAAAUGGAAAAGGAAAGGGGAAGAAGAAACCGCAGUCGAAAAAGGGGAAAGGGAAAGGGAAAGGGAAAGGGAAAGGAGGUAAAAGAAAGUAAAAAACCUCGUCUAAAGUAUGUAUUUUUGCUCUCGUUUUGAGCAUCUCCCAUGUUACUUUUUGUUUUAAGCCCGGGGGGUCGAGUGCUCGAAUCGAGUAUUUAUCUCGUCUCACAUUCUACACACUUUGUGUGUGUGUGCGUGUAAGUACAUGAUUGUAAUGACCCGUCACAUGUUACACUUCUAUUUGUAGCAUAACUUCAUGACUGUAUAUAUGAAUUUGAAAGAAUUCA